GAUUGACUCAUCCUCUGCCGCUAUAAAAGCCUCUGGCUCGCUGACAGGAGGCACCGUUAGGUCCAAGUACCCCAGGAGUUAAGGUUGGUCUCGCUCAUCUGCAGCCAUGAAAUUCUCCCUCGUCGCCGCUCUUGUUGUUGUGCUGGCUGUGGCCCAUGGCUCUGAGGCCGGGUCACUGGUGAAGCGUGACGUCCAGGCUGAAGUGGACAAGAUCACCAAGCUCAUCAGGGACAUGUCUGCCACCUUCACCAGGGAAACCCAGGACAUUGUGGAGAAGGUGAAGGCUCUUGAGGUGACCAACAGUGCCCAGACUUACAUGGAGGCCAGCAAGGCCCAGAUCCAGCCACUGGUUGACAAGGUCCAGGCCGAGGCCACCAGGAUGCAGGAGCAGCUCAAGCCCUUCCUCGCCAACAUCGAGGACCAGCUCAAGCCCCUGGGUGACAACGUCAACGUCCACGUCAAGCCUCUGACUGACAUGAUGGCGAGCUUCUUCCAGCAGGUGGUGGACCAGACCAAGGCCCUGCUCCCCCCUCAGUAAAGCUUGCUGUCCCAGCCAAAAUGACACCGGAAGAGCUGCGAAUGCUUCACUCGUGUUUGUCUGUCAUACUCCUUCAUCUCAAAGUCAUCUGAGAUGUGAAUAUCAUUAAAGGGGUUUGAAAAACCAUAA